GGAGUCAAUCCAGUCAGACUUCCUAUUGUCACAGAUUCUCAGGGUGCCCCUCGCCCCUCCAUUUACCCCUCCAUAAAAAAAAAUGUCUUCCAAAUCGCACCUCACAUACGGCGCCCGUGCCAGCAACCACCCCAAUGCUCUAGCCAGAAAGCUGUUCCAGGUGGCAGAGGCAAAGAAAAGCAAUGUGACUAUCUCGGCCGACGUGACCACCACACAGGAGCUGCUGGACUUGUGUGACCAACUCGGUCCUCACGUUGCUGUGGUCAAGACACACAUUGAUAUCCUGUCGGACUUUAGCGAAAAGACCAUCGCCGGCCUGCAAGCGCUGGCGGUGAAGCACAACUUCCUCAUCUUCGAGGACCGCAAGUUCAUCGACAUCGGCAACACGGUGCAGAAGCAGUACCACGGGGGUGCGCUGCGGAUUUCCGAAUGGGCACACAUCAUCAACUGCAGCGUGCUCCCCGGCGAAGGGAUCGUCGAGGCGCUGGCCCAGACGGCUGCCGCCCGCGACUUCACCUACGGGCCUGACCGUGGCCUCUUGAUCCUCGCCGAGAUGACCUCCAAGGGCUCGCUCGCCACGGGACCCUACACGGUCUCCUCGGUCGACUACGCGCGCAAAUACAAGGAGUUCGUGGUGGGGUUUGUCUCGACGCGCGCCUUAUCCGAGAUCGACUCCAGCGCCUCCUCCCCGUCUCCCGAAGAGGACUUUGUCGUCUUCACCACGGGCGUCAAUCUCUCCUCCAAGGGCGACAAGCUGGGCCAGCAGUACCAGACCCCGCAGUCUGCCAUUGCACGCGGUGCAGACUUCAUCAUCGCCGGUCGCGGUAUCUACACCGCCCCGGACCCUCUGGACGCCGUCCAGCGCUACCAGCGUGAAGGGUGGGAGGCGUACCUUGCUCGUGUCCAGUGAUUCCCUCAAAACAAUGAAUUAUGAUUAUGAUUGUCUAUCGAGUAUCCACCUAGUACCUAUACCUAGUACUUAGUAUCUAGUAUCUAGUAAGUAUCUAGUACCGUCCUAUCUGAUAAAAGUACUCCACCUCUACCCCUCAUUGUCUCAUAGAAUCCCUGUCAUUGUAUCACCCAAACCAGCAGCCAAGAACAUAGAUAGAGUAACUAUCCAUGUAUACAUCACCCCAGAUAGAUACCAGAACUUAUCAUUUUUAGCAGGGCUAGUGAUCGGCUAACUUGUGAAGAUAGGUAUCAAUCUUCCCCUGCUUUCUUCAAGUACCUAAAGCCUCCAAGAUACAAGAUAGACAUACAAUGUUAUCAUUAAACUAUCUAGUCAGAUUGUAUA